AUGGCGGCGCAGGAGUCGGACGAUCGCUACCGGCCCAAGCUUUUCUACGAGGACGUCGUUUCUCGGCAAAAAGUCGGUCUCAUUCAGUACGGAGUGGUCGUGGCAAGCUUUUUGGAGAGUGAUGAGGAAGAUGACGAGGAGUUUGAGCCCCAGGUCAAGCUGAAGCGGGGCCAUGUCCGAGUGACAUGGUACCCUGACGGACAGAGGGAGGUUGUGCCGGAAGCUAAGCUCCACCUGGUGGACCGCUCUCUGAUGCCACGGGACUUCGUCCGGCGCCACACCGCGGGACAGGACAGCCAGGGGGGCACUGUGCUCAACACUGACAUCACAGUGGACCUCCAGAUCAUCGGAACAAACAAAGUCAUUCCUGGAGUCAACAGCAAGAAGCUUAAACCUCUACAGAGAAUCCUGCCCUAUGAGUAUGUGGUGUAUGGCGUGUGGCUGGGCCGGGUGCGGGAUGUCAAUGCGCACCUGAUUCUGCGGCUGUCCAACGGUGCCAGGUGCUCCAUGUGGGUCGGUGAUGCUGCACAGUUGGAGGACAUCAGAGUUCAGACUGGCGCUAAAGGAAGUGAAUGUGGAGUGGCAGACUAGAGGGUUCUCUCCACCUAAGAAACAGCCCAGUGAGCUGGAUGAGGACUUGAAACCACCAGAAGCUGCCAUUCAAGGAGACAACAUCAACAACCUAAGGAAGCCUGAGCACUUCAUGUACACACACAUCACGUUUGGAGACCGGGCAGUGUACAGACUUACAGAGGAGGACCUGGGUAAAGUACAGAUCUUAGCCCCUCCCUCUAUGACCAAGGAGCCUGCUGCCCAGCCUGAUGAAUCUGUGGACGAUGUUGCAAAAGAAAAGACCAAAGGAGCAGCAGCAGCGUACGAGCUUGCAAAGCUGCUGUCAGAGGAGGCUGCUAAAGCCAUAGAUUUUGCUGAAAAGAAAACAAGAGAGGCUUCCCAGGCAAAUGAUAGGAUCAAGGAGAUUACCAAAGAGGCAUUUGAGCUGAUACAACAGGCAAAGGACAAAGCAAGCGAUGUUCCAGCCAUGCAGGACAGUAUUUCCAAGCUGGCAGAAGACUUCUCAGGCAACAAGACGUUCACGGAAGAAGCUUUGCAACAAUUUCUCACCACAAAGUCUACCCUGGAGAAUGUGUACAGCACCAUGGAGGAAGCCCAGAGGAAGUCAGCAGAAAUUGCAGAAGCCAUGGAAAUCACAAAGGUGAAAUCCAAGGAAGCUGCAGCAGCAAACGAAGCGGCAAAGAUCAAGUCUAGGGAGGCCUCAGAGGCAAGCAAGGUGGUGAAACAAAUGUCUCAGGAAGCCAGGAAGGCUGUGGAGAAAAUGGAAGGGGAGAUUCGGGCAUCUAAACGGAAAAUUGAAAAGUCAAAAGAGGAGAGAGUAGGAGCGGAGACAUCAGGAAGAGUUCAGGGGAGAAGAGAGAGAAGACAAAAUGAGAACAAACAUGACCAUGACACUCAGGAAUCAGGGCCCAGCAAGGCUGGGACUGACAACGAAGAUGAAUCGGCUUCUGUGCAGUCAGGGGCUACUGUUGCAAACACUUCUCUUAACAGAGUUGAUCUUUAGAAUCAGAAAGUGUGAUAAACGAUAAGAAAGAUCUAGCCUUAGAAGGGGCAUCAGGAGGACCAAUGAAUGAUACUGUGAUGGACCACCCUGAGUUGUUCUCCCAGGCAUGUGAGUUGUCCAGUAGUAUUGUGGCAAAAUGCGAUACUCUUGGUGGGGCGGUCAGCGAGUUCUGCUCUGGGCUCAAUGGUAUCAUGGCAGACAUUUCUGGCACUCUGGAGCUUGUGAACAAGGUGGAAAAAGACCUCUCACCUCAGGCUCAGAACAAUUCCAUAUCUGAAUCUGACAGACUCAAAUCAGAUGCUACCCAUACCAAUAGAUUAUCUGAAUCUCAGACUACAACUGUGAAGUUAUUGAAUGGUGAGGUAGAUUCUGAUGGACAGUUACUUACCAAUGGGGCAUCUGUUGGGUCAGGUAAAACUAUUCCAUCCUCUGGCAAAGCAGCAGAGGACUCAAGCAAACCUUCUGUCUUAGAAGACAAGGAUUUCAUUGCUGAUGACGAGGAAGAUCUUCUUACAGAUGAUGAUAACGCAGACUCAGAAUGCUCCUCAUCAACAGCGUCUUCAAGGUCUAGUAAGGGUGGGCGGAGUAAGAGGUUGGGAGUAACCCUUGGGGUUAAGACAUUGAAGAAGGCUCACAGGAGAGUGAAGAAGAGGAAGAAGAGAGGUGCCCAACAGGAGUGGAUACCCGGGGAUGUGGUUCCUGUGGAGGUGGUGAACGUCUCCACACUGGUGGACGUCAUGUGGCAGGACAGCACCAUAGAACAUGGAAUCCCAGCCAAUGAACUCGCUCCUAUACAGCACUGCGAUGAGCAUGAGUUCUGUCCUGGAGACUUCAUUGUUGACAAAAGAGUCGUACCCAAGAAGGACAUGUAUGGGUUUGUGCGGACGGUGGACCACAAGGCCAGGACAUGCCAGAUACAGUGGCAGGAGGCAGCUCCAGGACAUCCUCAGGGUUUCUUGACCCAUGAAGAGGAGGAGGUGAGUGCGUAUGACCUCGGGGACCAUCCUGACUACACCUACAGAAUUGGGGAUCUGGUAGUCCGGAUCGCAGACUCCACACAGGCCGCCUGCAGGACACCUACAUCAGAGAAGCCCUGCAUCGGACAGGUUCUGAGGACCAAUGGUGACGGGAGCCUGGCUGUGGUGUGGAUCGACAACUCGGUGUCCAGUGUCCCUCCACAGGACUUGUACAGGGUUGACUCAGAGGAUGAAGGAGGCUGGAGUGGGGAUGACAGUGAGUGGGAGUCUGUGGACUCGGAUGAGGAUUGGGAAACAGACAGUGAUCCUGCCAGUGGAGACGAGGUUGACGGAAAACUUAAGUCUGCAGAAAAGCCGAAAGAGAAGAAAAAAGACAAAAAAGAAUCAACAUCAUCUCCGGCAACCAAGCCAAGCCAUGAGCAGAAAGGUACCACAAGGACACAGGAACCUGUAGAGGAGGUCACCUCACCAGAAGAGGAAGUGAUGUCACCAGAAGAGGAAGUGAUGUCACCAUGUAGCCAAGUUCAAGAGGCCAAGUGGGUCAGUGCCAAAGGAGAAGGAUUCUCUGUGUCAGAGACAUGUCCAGUCUGCCACAAGUUCAGGGAUCUUGACUUUGGGCCAGCCAACAUGAAGAGCUUCUUCUCUAACAUCAAGAAAGAGUUGACUCUUCUGAGUACCUCCUUACCUGAGGGCAUUCUGGUGAAAACAUUUGAGGACAGAAUGGAUUUGUUCUCAGUGGCUAUUAAGGGUCCCCACAACACCCCCUAUGAGGAUGGACUGUUCCUGUUUGACCUGAAGUUACCUGAUGCGUACCCCCUCAUCCCACCCCUGCUGCACUACCUGGCCUAUCACAGCGGCCGACUCAACCCCAACCUGUACGAGGAUGGGAAAGUGUGUGUCAGCCUGCUGGGCACCUGGCAGGGAAAGGGUACUGAGAAAUGGACCAAAGAUUCCAACCUUCUGCAAGUGUUAGUGUCUAUACAAGGCUUGAUCCUGGUGAGUGAGCCGUAUUACAACGAGGCAGGGUUUGAGAAAGACAAGGGUUCCCAGGAGGGUCUGGAGAACAGCAGGUGCUAUAAUGAGAUGGUGCUGCUGAAGAUGGUGCAGACCAUGAGUAAGAUGACGCUCAACCCUCCAGACAUCUUCAAGGAAGAGAUUAUAGAACACUGCAGACAGCAUGGACACAGGAUGAUCCAGAGACUGGAGAGCUGGCUAGAGUUGUCUGAAACUGACAGCCCAAAUGGAGCAGAGACCAAAGCCAACAGUGAUAGCACAGUCAGUUCAAUCAACAAAGAAACAACCACUUCUGAACACCAACAAGCUUCUGCUGCAUCUAACCAGCCUCUUACCAGACAGUCUUCAACCACUGUUGCCCCUAGUGGAGGAAAUGACCAACCCAAAACUACAAUGUUGCCAAAGACUGACCAUUCAGUGGUGGGAGAGAACCAGUCAUCAACUAACAGGGACCAGCCAACAACCAGUUCAAAACAGGCAGCUGUAACCAGUAUUAGCCAACAACCAGCUUGUGCCACAUCCAGUAAAAAUCACUCAUCAACCAGUGCAAACCAGUCAGGUCUGGCUGAAGUCAGUAGUAACCAGUUAGGAAUCAACUUCAAUAGUUCAGAACAAACAGACUCAAACCAAUCUUCUGUUGGUGCUAGCAAACUACCACCUACAACAGAUAGUAUGUGUAUGUCUGAAGUGUUUGAUGGUAGUGGUGCCUCUCAAGUAAGUGGAGUGACGUUGUCACCCAACCCCCCAGGCUUCCCACUUUUCCCCCUGUCCAAGGGCUUCCGUAUGAGUCUCAGGUCCCAUCUGGUUGCCUAUAGGUCUGUUUUACACAAGCUGGGCAUCCAGGAGAGUUAACAAUGCUGCUGGGCUAGUGCAGCAAGGUCUGCUAAUAGUGUAGGGGUGACCUUCAAGUCAGCAGGACAACUUAUUUCAGCACCUUUCACAAUUUUGGUCACUGGAACUACAUAAAAACUACAUUAGCAUCUGUUUAAGUCCAAUCCCCAGAUUCUGCUCUUAAAUAGUCCAGUUCAGAGAUUUUGGCUAUGAUCAGCUCAGUGUACAUGACAUUACAUGGUUUCUGAGAAAGUGUUAAGAUACUAUCUCAAGUUACAGUCUGGACAAUUUUUAAGUCUCACAGCAAACAGUGUAAAAAUAUCACAAAUAUCUCUGUAUUUACUGUUAAGUGAAGGCUUACAUAUGUCUGUGAACUCGACAAGAUUACUUGCAAGUUACUUGUAAAAAACAACAACUGAAAAUCAGUAGUUACAUAACUGUGUUGUAUACAGUACUUCAAUCAAAUACUCCAUAAUGGCAGUCUGCAUAAGAGGCCGUAUUAUAAAGUAAAUUAAACUAAUGCAGAGGCAGAAUAGGCAAUGUCUUGUAUAAGUGUUGUCUGAUGUCAAAUCAAAGGGAAAAGUGUAACAUGUCAAAACGGCAAAGGGGUAACUUUGUCAAAACAGGCUAAAAUACCAGUACUAAAUGGCAAAUUGCAGUUGCAAGCAUGUACAAAUGAUGUACAGCAAAAGAUGUGUAACGUUAACUGAGAUAACCAGAAUGCAACCCUUUUGUACUACAGUUACAAGUAUAUAACCAUCUGUAGACUCACGCCUGUACAUACAACAAGUCACCCGCUAGUAAACAUAGUACUACAUUGUAAUAAGGCAAAUCGCAUACAAGUCACAAUGACUGUUAGUGUUGCAGAUUGAAUGGCAAACAUCUGAGUAAGUUCCAUCUUGUUGAGGAAUAUGAAGGUAUGUUUGAGUUUGAUUCUGUAUUGAAGGACUGAUAGCCUUAAGGUUACUGUUUUUGCUGCUAGUUCCUUUAAGAAAGGUCCAGGGUAUUUGCCAUUCCUUACCAUGAAAAUGGAGUCCACUUCUCAUUUAAAAAGUUUUUCUACUUUAAGAAAUAUAUUAAUUUAAGGACUCUGUCAAGAAAAUGUCAACCUUAAGUGUGAUCUCAUUUAAUUAAGAAGACUUAAAGUUGCAAAAAAAACUUUUAUAUUUUGUUGUGGAAGAAAAGAAUACUUUAUUAUGUGAAAUAAAGAUCUUUACCAUCCAUUGUGUUAGUGUAUUAACUAGAAGCCAGCCAACUGUUUUAUUCAUGUAUUUAGGACAAUGUUAUGUCAGAUGCUAGUGUUACCUUUGUUUCUUUUUGCACUGUAUCAAUAAACUUACAUGUUUAUCAUGAA